AUGUGGACGCGGACGCUCGGAGCAGCUUCCCGAGACGUCGGGCAGGCAGCGCAGCGCAGCGCAGCGCAGCGCUUCGUGGGAAGCUGCGUCCCCGCGAGCGCGCAGACGGGGCGGGUGGCGCUCCAGUGCCAGCACCAGACCGUGGCUCACGGAGCUGGACGUUGGUCUCCGACACCACGGAGGCACGAGGAUGACAAACCAAGGACUCCUCGAAAGGACGAACGUGGAUCGACUUGGAGAGAUAAUAAGGUCACGUGGACGAGGGAGCUGGGGCCCGGGCGGCUGGCAGCUCCUAAAGGACGUGGCAUCGGAGUCUCAACCGGCUGUCCCACCGCCACGUGGGGCCAUGUGCUGUGUGCGGUGGUGCUGCUGCUCCCGGUGCAGUCCCUGGCGAAGCUGUACCUGCACGUCCUGACACUGCUGCUGCUCUACAUGGGGCACCAGACGGCCAGGGACUAUAUCCAGCAGGAGAUGGAGUACGAGUUCCGCGGGGCUGUGUACCAGGACCCCGUCGCACUCAGCCGCUUCGUCACCACCCUGACAAGCCAGGUCAUUGCGUGUGCUCUGUGCUGCCUGCUGACGCGGACGCGGCAGGCAUGGCUCUUCUCAGCCCCGCUGCUGCCUCUGCUGGCCCGGCUCAGCGGCCUGCCCCUCCAUGCCCUGCCCAUGGCCAGCAUCUUCGCCAUGGCCCUCACCACCCUCCAGGUGCUCUACGUCAUGGCUUCCCACAUCCUCGUGCCCUUCCGCCUGGCUGCCGCAGCCUGCAGAGAGGUGGCACAGGUCCUGGAGCCGUACCAGCUGAUGGUGCUAGGCAUGGGCCUCUGGAGUCGGCUGGCCAUGCCCAUGCUCUUCCUCAUCUUCUGGCUGGUUCUCUUCGCCCUGCAGCUGUACUCGGCCCUGGCCUCCAGCGGCCCCCCCACCCAGCCAGGGCUCAUCUUCAUCUUCCUCAGCAGUGUGGCCGAGUGCUGUAACACACCCUACUCCCUGCUGGGCCUGACCUUCACCGUCUCCUACCUGGCCCUGGGCAUGCUGAACCUCUGCAAGUUCUACCUGGGCGGCUACGGCGGCUUCCAGAAUGGCAAUGUCAUGCACAGGGGUGUGACAGAGGGUGUGAUACUGCUGCUGCUGGCUCUGCAGACAGGGGUGCUGGACCUGCAGAUCCUGCAGAGGACCUUCCUCCUCAGCCUCAUCCUCUUCAUCGUGGUCACCUCCACCCUGCAGUCCAUGAUCGAGAUCACCAACCCCAUUGUGCUGGCGCUGGGGGCUUCGCGGAACAGGAGCCCAUGGAAACACUUCCGUGGCGUCACCAUGUGCCUCUUCUUGCUGAUCUUCCCCUGCCUCAUGGCCUACAAGAUCGUCUGCUUCUUCCACAUGAACUUCUGGCUGGUCAUCCUGGUCUCCAGCUGCAUGCUCACCUCUCUGCAGGUGAUGGGCACACUGUUCCUCUACGCCCUGUUCAUGAUCGAGCUGCUGCAGGAGGAGCCGCUGGAGCGGAUGGACGAGGUGAUCUAUGCAGUGAAUGCGGUGAGCCGUGUGCUGGAGUUCCUGGUGGCCAUGUGUGUGGUGGGCUACGGCACCUGGGAGCUGCUCUUUGGUGAAUGGAGCUGGGUGGGUGCCUCCGUCAUCGUCGUCGACUCCUACUUCAACAUCUGGCUCCGGGCCCAGUCAGGCUGGAAGAGCUUCCUGCUGCGCCACGAGGCUGCCAAGAAGAUCAGCUUGCUGCCGCGAGCCACGCAGGGGCAGCUGCAGGACCACAAUGAUGUGUGCGCCAUCUGCUUCCAGGGGAUGCACAUGGCCGUCAUCACCCCCUGCGGCCACUUCUUCCAUGACAGCUGCCUCCGCAAGUGGCUGUAUGUGCAGGACACCUGCCCCAUGUGCCACCAGCAGGUGAAGCCCCCAGUCACCCAGGACCCGCUGCCUGACCGCCCGGAGCAGGACUCUGGGGCAGAGGAGGCAGCAGCACCACCCCCAGGGCAGGGGAAAGGAGACGACCAGGCCACUGCUAGCCCAGCCCCAGGUGCUGGCCAGGCAGCAGAGGGCACAGAGUCUUGCUGGCUGGAGCAGAGGGAGCCUGUGUCGGCCAAGCUUGGAGCAGGGCAUCAGCCCAUGGACCAAGCCGGGAGCAGGAUUACAUCACCGAAGCAGGGCAGCACCCCACAGCCAGAUGCCAGUGCUGUCAUGUCAGGACCAGACCACUUCAGGGAGCCCAGCCCGGUACCUCCGGAGGCCGUGUCCAGUGGGGCAGAGACCUCAGAGCAGAGCACAGACAGCAGCCUCAAAUCCCCUGCCAGCUGUGACCACAAAGCCAGGGACAGUGUGGGCUCUGAUGCCCCCUCCUAGCACCAUUCUCACAAUAAAAGAGCCCUGGGAGCCUGUAGGCAAAGCCUUCUCACGUGCCCACCAGGCCCACCCAAAGGCACAGGUGCCAGGAGAAGCCAGGGCUGGGCAGGGGCAGAGCUGCCCUCCGGACCCGCAGAACCAGCCGCAACGUCCCCCGCUCCCCACUCGCUGUGGGUGUGAGCACCCCCGGCUGGAUGGGGCAUCGCAGCCAGAAGCCGCCGGCAGCCACCCCUACCCGCCAGCACCAGUGGGAGCCAGCAGCAGGUGCCACCACAAGCUUGUCUGGAUGGGCAUGUCUCCCCUACCCAGGGCGCCGGAGCCCAAGGAGAGGUUCCCAGCUGAGCUGGGGGCAGGCUCCGGCAUGAGCACGCUCACCUCGAGAGGUAUCAUUCCUCCUGGCUCAGGUGCCUAGUUUGACAUCAGCUGCCGCGACCCACCCCAGCCGUGGCCACGUGGCAGGUCAAGGCCAGCGGGUCCCUCUGUGGGGGCUGCAGUCCCUCCUCCCUCCCAUGUAUUUAUAUCCCGCAGGGCUUUGUGUGGCAGACACCCCCCCGCUGCGGGCCCCGGGGGAACGCAAUUACGCCGUGGUGGAAGGCGCCUUGAUUUGCAAAGCCUCAGGGAUUAGCAAUUAGCAGGGACCCGCGGUUGCACUGCGGAGACAGGCAGGCAGCGGGGCAGGGACAAAGCAGGCUGGGCGGGGACCGUGCUAGGGUCUGAGGGCACGGGACUGGCAGGGACAAGCGGUGCGCCGUGGGGGUGCUCACGUUGACAACUCAAGUGCAAUUAAACUUCAGAACCA